AGUUGUCGACACCGAAUCGACCAGACGAAACGGCCGCCGGAGCGAAACAGCAAACCCGCACUGCCUGGUCUCCAUCUUCCGCCAUUGAGCUUCCCGACCGACACGCACGAGAGAAGCCCGUCCCUCCCCCAUAUCCACUCAUGAGCACCUCCGAAGAAGUCCCUGUCGCCAGUCCCGGCCCCGGAUUCGGCAAGAGGCUGGCCCAUGUUGAGAAGCGAGUUCGUGACGACGCCGUCCUCUCGCUGACCAAGUAUAUGGAGUCGCGGCCUGAUAUCUCCGAUCUGCAGAUGAUGAAGCUCUGGAAGGCCAUGUUCUAUUGCUUCUGGAUGUCGGACAAGCCGCCUGUCCAGCAGCACCUGGCCGAUCGACUUGCGGGCAUGGUCGAGUCUCUGCCUGGCGAUCUGGGACUUCGAUUUCUCGAGGCUUUCUGGAAUAUCAUCGCAGCCGAAUGGAAUGGCAUCGACCGCAUCAGACUCGACAAAUUCUAUCUCUUGAUGAGAAAGAUGCACUUUUAUGCCUUCCGAUUGCUGGAAAAGAACGACUUCCGGAAGGACUAUGUGGACGCAUUCGUGGCCAUCAUGAAAGAGGGACCCUUGAGCCCACGAAACUCCAAGUUUCCCGACGGAAUCCGAUACCAUACUUGCGAAGUCUAUGUGAACGAGCUCGACAAGUCGCUCCAGGGCGAGCUGUCGUUGCAAAACGGAAUGGCCCUGCUGUCGCCAUUCUUCGACCUGAUUGCGACCACGAUCCAACCGACGGUCGCGGCUCGUGUCAAAUCGGAGGUGUUCGAGGCCAUCUUGGCUCGUGCCGACGACGACUUUGAGUUCAACGGCUACGAGGACGAAGAAAUGCCCUCAAAGACAUCCUCCUUCGACCUGGUUGCCAUCACCAAGCGCCUCUUCCUCACCGCCGCCAAGCCCUCGACGACAUCGGGCAAUCGCCAGAUCAUGUAUGCGCUCUUUGAGCAGUACGCCAAAGUCACAGGUGUCGACACGGACGGGUUGCUAGAGUCGGCUGCGGAGGAAUCGGAGGAUGCCCUCAAGGAGCCGGAUACCACUGCCGACGACUCGGCCUCGGACUCGCCUAGCACGGCCGUGCCCGAGUCGGACCAUGUGCCCAGCGGAUCGGAGGCCCAGGUCGACGACGCCCCUGCAGAGACGGCGGUGCCGACAUCGGCGUCCAAGAGCAAAAAGAAGAAGAAGAACAAGAACAAGAAUGGCCAAAGCCGCGCCGCGGAAGCAGCUGCCGACGCCAAGACCACUCCCGAGCCCGACACCGAGCCCGAGCCUCACAAAACCAAGAAGCCAGCCAAGCCCGAAGUCGACUCCGACGUCCAGGAUGAAGGCACUAGCGGACAAACAGCCAAGCGAAAGGCUGGCUCCAUUGUGGCGCCCAAGAGCGUUCCCGCCAAGAAGACCAAGGCCAGCCACAGCGCCGAUGAGCAUCAAAGUGGCGACCGAAGCAAGGUUUCCACAACCCCAGCAACGACGUCUGCCUCUUCGGAAGAAGCCCCGAGCACACCCGUGGAGAAAAAGUCUGUUCGUUGGAGUGGCAAGCACCAUGUUCAGUUCUUUGACAAGACCAAGGCCCUCCUCUCUGGAUCCAGUCCCAUCAAUCUGCUUCCCCCUCCGGCAAAGGCCGCCCUCAAGAUAUCAAGCCCCUCCCCACAGCCGAAAAAGCUUUCCGCCAAGAGGGCGGUAGCAUCAGACUAUAUGUAGAAUGAAUGAAGCAUGCUGAACAAUUACAUAUUUUUUUUUAGA